AUGCGGCCUCAACCUUACUCUUUUCUCUUGAAGUCGGUAGUGUCUGGAGAGUUCAGUGACUUCAGCCUCACUUGCAACGAUCACGACUUCAAGCUUCACCAGGUGGUUGUCUGCCCCCAGUCGCCUGUCAUCAAGGCUGCGCUUCUCGGCGGCUUCAAGGAAACAACAUCGAAGGUGGUCGCCGUCAACGAGUUCGAUGUCACCGCCGUUCGGAGCAUGGUCACCUUCCUUUACACUGGAGACUACGACCCAAGAACCGACAAGCUCCAGAUGCCUCUCCAGUCCGACGACGAUGUAAAGAACGAGGAAGCCGAGAUCCAUGACAGUCAGGGGGACAGCAUGUCGGAAGACUCUGAGGCGUCUGGACCUGAGCGUGAGAGGACUACCGAGGAUAUCCUCUUCCACCUACGCGUUAACGCAAUCGCCGACUACUACAAGAUCGAGAAGUUGGUCAAACUAUCCACUACCAAGAUUGGCACCAUUUUCGAGAUUGAUCAGGACUUCCGGAUCUUUCCCACCGUGAUCCAGGAGAUGUCUGUCUCCAACAGGGAGACGGAUCUCGAAUCCAUCAUCGCCUCCGCAAUGGCCAACUGUGUCGAAGAACUCACCGCAUCGCAACGCCUUCCAACGCUCGACCUUGAAAACAGCCUCGCUAUUGGAAUAAUCGAGGCUUGUGAUGCCGCCAUUGCAGCAAAGAAUUUGGGUGCUACAUUGAGGCACCAGGGUCCAAUUUUAAUCAGGGAACUUCUUACGUUCUCCGUUGCGAAACCUGUCACUGUCGCCAUACAUAAUCUCAUCCCUGGCGGUAGCAUUAUCGCUAUGGCUUACCGUAUGAAGACUAUUCCCUUACGGAUUAUGGGCAGCCCAACUCCCGAUGAUCCCCAUGGAAACAUGCCCUUCCUGUAG